CAUUUACAUAAUACCUACGUUGCUGCAACGUUAAACUGACAUUGUAUGACAACCUUCUUCCAAGUAGUGGACUUAGUGCUAUUCGACUUGCGGGGUAUAAGGUCCACUUUACCACUGAACAUCAUUAUUUCCGUAAAAAAGCCGCUGACAUUGCUGUUAUAGACUCUGAUGUCAAUCAUAAGAAGUUUUUAUUAUAAUUAAAUCGAGAUUCAAAUUUCCCGCGACAGUAGUUCAAUGUUUGGCCAAAAACGAGUAGUUGGCGCACCGAGUUUAUGGCGGGAAUUACAACGAAUAGCUGUAGCUGGCGCACCGUGUUUAUGGCGGGAAUUUUGUUGUUGUUUACAGGAGGCUUCAGACCACGAGAAAGGUGUUGGCAAAAGAGAAAUUAGACCACCUAGACUUGCUGAGGUCACUGAUGAAGAAGUUGUCAACAAGAGGAGACAAACUAGCAUUGCAAAGAGAAAGUAUCCCAUCCUUACUUCAUAUGAUGACUCUCCGGAAGAUGACGGUCACAGCCAGAACCUCACUUACCCUAUUAUUCAGAGGAAAUUGGUCUACUUGAUGGUCCUACUGAAACACCAAGUACUACUCAGUCCUCACAAAGAUUUGAUCUCUCUGUUGGUCCUACUACAAGUACGACACCUUCAACAGAGAUUGCAGAAGAUUCACCUUCAAGAGGAUCUACCUUGUCAGUUGGGUCUUCAGUCACUGACAGCUUGUCACAACAGUCACACAAGUCCACAGGAACCAACAGGACGUCUUCAAGAAGACUUGACUUCGUGAAGAAUCAACACUAGCAGGACAAUCCGUUUCCUUUCAAAGGUUAUUAUUUUUAUUUGAUUUAUCUUUUUGAGUAAGCAAAGACUAAGGAAGCAGUUAGAGAUAGAAAUUUUGAUGAUGACCCUAGAGAAAAUCCAAACCAGCUUUUCCCCACCUUUCUGACUUCUGCAGAGGAAGUGGAACAGUUUGAAAAAACAUUCAUAAAAGCCUUAUAGAAAGUCAAUGUUUACUGAGCUGGCUUCAGUGUAUGCAAACAAAGAUGAGAAAACAGUGACCCUCUGAGGGGUCAUGAGACACCUCACGACAAAAGAAUUAAUGGGAGAAUAUUCGUUGAAGGGAUCAAGAGUAAAGAAGAAAACAGUCUCUUUGAUAUUAGACUACAAGGAUUAAUUCUUGGUGUUGCCAAAGGAUUUCUGCCCAAACAAGAUAAGGAAGCUGACAUCGUGAUAGAUGGCACUAUUCCUGCCAUCCUCAAAUUUGCACCACAUGGGGAAGGAGGCUUAGAAGUUGAAGUCAAGAUCAUGAAUUCUUGUGUAAAUUGAUAAGUAUCUGUACUAUUAUAUACUACAUUUUAUAAGUUAAGUUAUUUUCUUUAAUUGGUUACAGUACAGUAAAGUGUCCCCAUAUAUAAAUGUAUUUGUCCAACGCCUGUGGAAUAGUUAACUGAGAUAUUGAAAAGUUAUGUAUUACCCUUGUGGACAGAAUUAUGAAUAAAUUUUUAGACUUAAUAUAGGUUAACAUCAUGGGUAUAUCAAUUAAUUCUUGGUCUCCCUACACUCGGAGUGGGAGUAAGGCACCAUAGAGAAUAGUGAUUUUUUAGGCUAAGGUGUGCAAUAAUAAAAAGGUUCUACAUGCCAUAUUCAUGUACAAAUUGUGUAAUUAUGAUAUCUAGUAUUUCCAUCUCUUUUUAUGGAAACACAUUUUAAAUAGCUUAAGUUCUGAACUGUGUGGAGUGAUUCAUCAUAUGUUCUUUCCACAUGUCCAUCCCUUGAUCUCAGAUGACUGUUCCUCACCCCUCACACCUCUCCCUAACCUAUUCAUAACUCUAGGUUAAACUACCUUCCUUCAAAUGUUCCCAAGAACUUCAGCUCAAUCACAUUUGUCAACUUUUUAGCCUCUCAUACAGUCAAACAGUCACUGGCAUUCCAAACCUUUUUAUUCUUAACUUGCUCAUCUUGACACUUUUAAGCUUCCAAAACUUUUCUGCUCUCCAUGGAAUGUCGAUCACCUCCUUCAAAAUUAUCAGGAAUGGUGCCCACUGCUUCCAUCCUCUUUCCAUUCAAAACCAUUUGAAACCUACAACCCAUGUUUUCCUUACUAUACAUCAUAUUAUUUACUCCUAUCAACAGUCCCCCUCUAUUUGUUUAUACUAUACACACAUUCAAACGUUUCACCAGUGCCUUCACCUUUUCCUUAAAUGUCCCACAUGAAUACAAUUGAAACUCAAACUAAAGCUAUUAAAAAUUAAGCACUUGUCUCCUGUCUAAUCCCUGUCUUUCUGUGAGGGUGAGUGAGCCUGGUACAUUCAUAUAGUGUUCUCGGAAGUCCCUCUACCUGCUAUGUAGUUGCCACUAUAUGUAUCUCACUGUGUACUUUUAUACUUUGUAGAAUA